GAGGUUGCGCGACGUUUGUUCCUGUCCUUUGAGGCCAACUUUCGGUCCUUUGAGCGUCGCUUGCUUUCGGAGCGCCGUCAGGUUGCAUCCAACCGUCGUGUGCAGGAUCCCAAUCUCAUCUUCCGUGAUUUGCGGCCUCCUGCUGCUCGGCCGGUUGACUCGCUGCUUGAACAUCGUUCCGCUGAGAUUUGCGAAGUUGUUGUUGACGAAGGCGCCCUUGAACUUACUCAGCAUGUUGAUUGGCAUCCGGACUUCCCUCUCCUCCACAAGGGUCGGCCUUUGCAGGUUGCGCAUGUUGAGUCGGACAAAAUCUGGGUUGACCUGCCUGAGAAUUGUGCGCCAGGUGAUCGGAUUGAUCAGCCGAUCUUGCUAGGUUCCUUGCCGGAUGUUUUCCGGGCCUUCGCUCAGGAAUGGAGUCGACGGUGGCAGCGCCAUGACCAAGUUGAUCCUCAAAGGUGGGCACCACUGGUCGCAUCUUUUGCAGCCAGGCGCCCAAUCCCUCCCAUGGAUUAUCACCCUAUCACCUUGGCCACUUGGCGUGCUGAAGUCCAGCGUAAGCAUGCACAUAGCAGUACCGGUCCUGACGGCGUUUCGCGUGCGGAUUUGCUUCUUCUGCCACUUGACUUGACACAGGCUCUUUUGGACCUUUGCCACCAUGCUGAGGCCACUGGAGAAUGGCCACGUCAGAUGCUUGAUGGUGUUGUUACUGCCUUGGAGAAGAUACCUGAUGCCUCUCUGGUUGGCCAGUUUCGGCCCAUAACGGUGCUGUCGUUGACGUAUCGUGUCUGGUCCUCCAUCCGCGCCAGGCAAUGCCUGGCGCAUUUGGCUCGUUAUGCUCCGCCGGGCCUUCUUGGUAACCUUCCAGGCCACGAAGCGCGUGAAGCUUACAACUUGCUGCCGCGUACACCGGUCCUGGCUUUCGCUGCUGUCUGUGGCGUCCACGCAGGCAUCAUUCGGGCUUGGACGGGCGCUCUUUCCGGCUUCAUGCGUCGGUUCCGUGUGCGUGGGUCUCUGGGUCCGGCUUUACCAAGCACUACUGGUUUUCCCGAAGGUGAUGGGUUGUCGUGUGUUGCGAUGGUUCUCGUUAACAUUGCUUAUCAUGACCACAUGUCCGCGCACCUGCCCGAGCUGCGUGUCUUGUCUUUCGUUGACAAUUGGGAGGCGUUUGCUCGUGAUCCCUCUCAGGUUCUGCAGGCCGCCGCUGCUCAAGAAUCCUUCGUACAGUCUUGGGAUCUUCAGCUUGACCCUGCCAAGACCAAGUUUUGGGCAACACAGCCUCGGGAUCGCGCUUUGUUCCGUGCGACUGGGAAUCAUGUUGCACUCGAUUUCAAAGAGCUUGGCGCCCACUUUCAGGUAUCUCGCAGGCAUACCAACUCCACGCAGGUUGCUCGCUUCAAAGACGUUAAACCGAAGUGGCGACGUCUUGCAGCUUCGGUCGCUCCUUACACGCACAAGCUUCGUUGUCUUCGUGUGGCAGCGUGGCCCGCAGCCCUGCAUGCUAUCAGUAUCGUCAGUGUCGGGUCGCAACAUGUUGUCUCGCUCCGAGCCGGUGCAAUGGAGGGCAUUGGCGCAAAGGCGCCCGGUGCCAACGGUCGGCUUCACUUGGGCUUAGUGGAGCACCCUUCUGCCGACCCUGGUUUUUAUGCUCUUGUGUCGAGCUUUCGGGAUGCGCGCGUCUUGUACUCGCAGCAGGAACUUGAGCCGUUGCUGGAUCAGGUAGUUGAGUCUGCGGCACGUCACCCCGGGCCAGCUAAGGUUCUUCUGGAAAGGGCAAACGGAGUCGGUGUCAGUUGGGACCCGGGCAUGCAUUCGUUUGUUGAUGAUUUUGGUCCUCUGCGGCUGUGGACUUGCUCCCCUCAGGAACUGGAGUUCCGCUUGGUGUGGGCCUGGCAAAACGCCAUCAAGUGGGAUCUUUCUCAUCGUCCUGGGUUUCAUGGCUUGGAGUCUGCUGACCCUCUCCUUACCCGAAGGGUUUUGUUGAGCCUUCCUGUUGCCCAUCGUCCCUUGGUGAAGCUUUCCCUAAAUGGCACCUUCUUUACCAACGAUGCCCUUCAUCAUAUUGGAGAAGGCGAAAGUCCGGACUGCAAAUAUUGUGGUGGACCUGACAGCAUUGAACAUCGAAUUCUUUACUGUCCACACUUUGCGACUUGCCGUCGGCCCCCGGAUUGCGUCACUCAACGUUUGUCCAUUGAGGAUAUUCGUCGGCUUCCUCCGGCGCUUAAGCUUCACUGCUGGGCGCGUCAGCCUCAAGGUCGGUUGGCUUUGCUUCAAGCUCUUCAAAGUAUUCCGGACUCCACGUCGGUCUUUGAGCAUGUACCCCACCAGGCUGUGUAUGAUCUGUUCACGGAUGGCUCCUGCCUUUAUCCUUCUGAGUCCUAUCUCCGGGUUGCGGCUUGGGGCGUCGUUGUCGCAGGAGGCCUGGGUGCACCGGGUACACUGCUUGCCACUGGCCACCUUCCUGGGCUGAUUCAAUCCGCAUUUAGAGCCGAGCUUACCGCAGUCAUCUCUGCAGCAGAGUUUGCAGCCAUCUCUCGUUCCAAAAUCCGGAUUUGGUCAGAUUGCUUGGGUGUUGUUCGGCGUUGUGGUCGGCUCCUCCAGGGCGACUGGUCUCCAGGUCCUAGCACUCGCAAUAGUGACUUGUGGUCUCGCCUGGCUGCCGUUGUUAGCUCUUGCCGCGACCGUAUAGAGAUCAUCAAGGUAGAAGCCCAUUGCGAGUCCGAGGCUCAGGCUACCUUCGUCGACGAGUGGUGUGCGCAUUACAGUUCGCGGGUUGACAGCCUAGCUGGGACGACCAAUAGAGGCCGUUCGCCGGACUUCUGGGCGCUCUGGGAUACAGUGCGCAGUUCAUUGGAGGCCGAGUGUUCGAUCGCACAGGCCGUUCAGGCCCUCCAUGGCCGAGUUGCUUUCCACUCCACCCGGGCUCCGACACCAGCAAUGCCAGUGGCGCCACCUCAGCGAGCAGUGUUGCCGCCACCAGUCCAGUUUGGCCAAGAAGCAGUUGAUCCGGAAGGGCGUCUGGGCCGCCGAUAUGGUAUUCAAGCCGUUCGGCGCAUUGAACACUGGUUUAAACACUGUUUCGUCGAUUCGGUUCCUCUGCACACACCAACGAGAUGGGUAUCCUUGCUGCAGCUUCUACUGGAUUAUUCGAUGUCUUGUGGUUUUGCCCCGCCAGUUUUCUCUGGACAGCUGUGGCUGGACCCGGGGCUCAUGCAGUACGGCCAGUUGUUGACAUAUCAUAUGGGACAGCGAACCAGGUGGUUCGGGCAGGUGCUUCGAAGGUUGAUCUUGCAAACUGGAGGGGUCUGGACGGUUAACGAGAGACGUCCUAGCAGCACAGCUCUUCAAGUCAAGUUGUCGUGCAUUCCCGCACGGUGGUCACAGACUCGGUUUGAAAUCGUAGAGGCGUUUUUGAGCCGCAUCCUUCCAAAUGGAACGGUAUGUGGUCAGAACAGGGGAUGGCGUAACAUCGCUGUUCCUCACCAGUGCACAGACAUGAUAGUGCCAUGA